AUGAUCACCAAGAAUACUCCUGCAUCGAGUGCUAGCUCCGAAUUCGCUGUUCUUACACCUGAUAUCGCCGCAUCACUUCCCGUCAGCAGCGACAAAGCAACGCUGGUAGCGAGAUGGGAUAAUUUGGAGACUCAUAUAGAGCUUCCAGCAUCAACACUCUCUUUCGCUAAUAGACUUUGGGAGGACUGUGCCACUUCUCUACGGUCGCUUGGAUCUCAAAGUGAUAUUUCUACAAAUGAAGAAAUAGUUACUGAGUUUCUCGACUUCUGUAUGAUGAGAGCUCUGGAACAUGGGUAUGGAGAUGAUUCUCGAGACGCAUUGUUGAUAGUUGAAUCCCUUUUGGACUCUCUUGAACAAGACUACCUCGAUGGGAACGAGAUCCAUGCCGCCUUACAGAGCAUUGAUAUCCCCUUGAAACGAAAGCUCUCAAUCGUACGAACUUACUUUAAUGCUCAAAGGAUGUUAGAUCGAUCGCCGGAAAGUCUCCCAUCAAACCUUCUUCAAGCGGCUAGCAAGGGUAGUGCGCGGAUUUACGCUUUAUUCGGAGGACAAGGCAACGACGAGAAGUAUUUUGAUGAUUUGAGGGAAAUGCAUUCCACCUAUCCGGCCUUCCUCAAGAUAUUUAUUGAUUCCGCGGCCCGUCUGCUGGAAUGCCUUUCUGCGGAACCUGAAUUUAAGAUUCACUUCCCUAAGGAUUUCAAAUUGCUCCAAUGGCUUCAAAAUUCCGAUUCAGAGCCAGAUGCUGAAUACCUUCUAUCCGCACCCAUCAGUAUGCCGCUUAUUGGACUUUUACAAAUAUGUCAUGUUGUGGUAGCUUGUCGAGCAAUGGGCCUUAAACCUCGUGAGCUGUGCAGCCACUUGUCCGGAGUGACUGGUCAUUCGCAAGGGAUUGUCGUUGCAUUGAUAUUCGCCGUUUCUGAUACGUGGGAGGACUUCUAUCGACACUCGCAGGAUGCGCUCCGAAUCUUAUUUUAUAUUGCAUGUCGAUGUCACGAAUGGUAUCCUCCUCAAUUUCUGCCCGAAGCCGUGCGACAAGAUGCGCAAGAUAAUGGUGAAGGGACCCCAAGCCCAAUGCUGAGAGUGCGCAAUCUUCGACGAGAAACCUUACAAAAGAGCAUUGAUCAAGUAAACAAACACUUGCCCGAAAGUGCUCAAAUAUCAAUCUCACUCAUCAACUCUCCGAUGAAUAUGGUCGUCACUGGCCCGCCGCUUAGUUUACAUGGUCUCAAUCUACACUUGAGGACUAUGAAAGCCACGAAAUCAAACUCAGCUGCCCGAAUUCCCGCUAGUCAGCGAAAGCCUAAUCUCGAAAGUCGCUUCUUGUUUGUCACAGCACCAUUUCAUGGUUCAUGCCUGAAGGAUGUAUCUGCCUUAGUUCUCCAGGACCUAAAGGGUCUCAAAAUAUCAGCGAGUCAGCUCCACAUUCCUAUAUUCGGCACGACUGAUGGGCAGGACAUGCGAAAAUUUCAAGAGAAAAAUAUUAUACCAGACAUUGUGCGAAUGGUGGUUGAAGAGCCGGUCCAUUGGGAGAAGGCUACAACGUUUCCCGGUGCCACCCAUCUGAUUGAUUUUGGACCAGGCGGCAGUGCUGGGCUGGGUACUGUUACUGUCCAUAACAAAGGUGGUCUUGGUGUCAGACUUGUGCUUGGUACUUCCAUGAAAGAUAGUGAGGAGUAUGGUAACAAAGCUGAAUUCUUCAACCGAGACCCUGGAUGUCCCGUACAGUACGCAACUAGCUGGGCGGAGGAGUAUAAACCACGUUUGAUCACAGACCCCACCAAUAAAGUCCAAAUCAGAACCAAGUUUACUGAAAUUUUUGGCUUGCCGCCAGUAAUGGUCGCAGGAAUGACGCCGACCACCGUGGCGCCAGAUUUCGUCUCUUCCGUGAUGAACGCAGGAUAUCAUAUCGAGCUGGCGGGUGGAGGUUAUUACAACGCCAAUGAUCUUGAGAAUGCAAUUACAAACGUCGCCCAGAGUGUAAUACCAGGUAGAGGUAUUACCUGCAAUAUAAUAUACGCGAAUCCAAAUUCCGUACGAUGGCAGAUUCCUUUGCUGAAAGACCUGCGUUCCAAAGGCCUACCAGUCGAUGGAAUUUCUAUUGGUGCUGGGAUCCCGUCUAUUGAUGUGGCAAAUGAGUAUAUUCGAACCUUAGGUAUCAAGCACAUCUCUUUCAAGCCCGGGUCAGUUGAGUCCAUCCAGCAGGUUAUCGACAUAGCCCGUGAAAACAAGACUUUUCCCAUUGUCUUGCAGUGGACUGGUGGUAGAGGAGGUGGUCACCACUCCUACGAGGACUUCCAUGAUCCAAUUUUGCAAAUGUAUGGUAGGAUCAGAGCAUGUAAGAAUAUUAUUCUUGUGGCAGGAAGCGGAUUCGGAGGUGCGGAGGACACAUUGCCCUAUUUGACUGGUGAAUGGGCACAACUAUUCAAUGCCAGCUCGCCAAUGCCAUUUGACGGUAUUCUCAUGGGCAGUAGGGUCAUGAUAGCCAAGGAAGCCCACACCAGCAUUGAAGCUAAAAUGCUGAUUGCUGACACUCCCGGUGUGGAGGACAGCGAUUGGGAACAAACAUACCAGCGACCUACCGGAGGUGUUUUGACCGUACGCUCCGAAAUGGGUGAACCGAUACACAAGAUUGCCACACGGGGAGUCCAGUUGUGGGCUACAAUGGAUCGUACUGUCUUCAGCAUAUCCGACAAGGCCUUAAGGGUGGCUUAUUUGAAAGAGAACAAGAACCAAAUUAUUGAUAGCCUCAAUAAUCACUUUCAAAAGGUUUGGUUUGGUAAAAACCACCUCGGGAAAGCUUGCGAUCUUAACGAAAUGACUCUUUCUCAAGUCAUUCUACGCAUAGUGGAACUCACUUUUGUUCGCCAUGAGUCCAGAUGGAUACAUCCCAGUUACCAAAAGCUUACUCUUGAUCUCCUUCAGUGGAUCGAAGAUAUCCUAAGCACACCGGAGGAUGCCUUGAACAUGCGAUUUUGGCGGUCCAUGGCCCAGAUUGAGAAGCCAACUUUGGCAAUUGAACAAUUCCUUGCACGCAACCCGAAGGUUAGUUCAUACUUGAUGGACACUCCUUGUAUACAGACAUUCCUCCACCUCUGCAGGAGACCGGGGCAGAAGCCAGUACCAUUCAUCCCCAUUCUGGAUGAAGAUUUCGAAUUCUGGUUCAAAAAAGACUCGCUCUGGCAAUCUGAGGAUGUUCAAGCGGUACCGGGCCAAGAUGUUGGGAGGAUAUGUAUUUUGCAUGGUCCUGUGGCAGCCAAGCAUUCGACGAUUCCGAAUGAGCCCGUGAAGCAUAUUUUGGACAAUAUCUAUCACCAAUGGGUGAGCGCAUUAGUAAAUAAGGGUCAUGAUAUUACUUCGACGCAGAUACCAUUACCAGGCACCGAGAAUGUUGCACAAUUAGCCGCCACUGGAAUCUCGUCUAACGAAACAUAUGACCCGGCAAUGUACAUAGAAAAACCCGAGUGUCUCGAUGAUUGGAUGAAUGCGCUGGGCGGGGCGAAAGGUAGCUGGAGGCAUGCUAUCUUUACGCAAAAGACCAUAGUCCAAGAUCAUAACAUUUGCGAAAACCCCCUCCGCCGGAUUUUCGCUCCUCGCACUGGAAUGCAAGUUGAGGCCCACAGCUAUACUUGCAGAGGCCAGUGUGUUGUCCGACUGUUAGAGACAACCGCCGAUGGGAUGAGCCAAGCGCUAACUGCAGAGGUUCGAGCUGUUGAUCAAGGCUUGAUUACGGUGACACUUUUCGAAAAUCGUACAGUUAAUGCUAUACCUGCAAGACUAGAGCUCCUCUUUAGUUAUCACCCCGAAAUAACUUUUGCACCAAUCCCUGAGAUUCUUCCUGGAAAGAUCGAUCGUAUCAAAGGGUUUUACUGCCAGCUUUGGUUUGGUCAACCUUCAGGCUCCUUUGACAACUUAAGGAGAGACGAUGAGUUCCAGGGUGGGAUUAUGGUUAUCAGACGAUAUAACAUCAAGGAGUUUAGCCAUUGUAUCAAUUACAAGCUAUAUGCUCCCAUGGACUACGCAAUCGUAGUGUCAUGGAAAUCCGUCAUGAAGCCGUUACUUACAAAGGGCAUCAAUGGAGAUCUCCUGAAACUUGUCCAUCUAUCCAACCAAUUUCGUCUGCUCGAAGACUCGGACCCUAUCCAUGAGGGAGACGUCUUGUCUUCAAGCGCGCACGUCCGAAGCGUUCUCAACGAGGACUCGGGAAAGGUAGUAGAGGUGGUUUCGAGAAUCCGCCGAGAUGGAGAUUCCAAUGAUAUCAUGGAGGUUGUGAGUCGUUUCAUGUACCGGGGAUCCUAUCAUGACUACGAAAAUACUUUCCAACGUUCAAAAGAACCGAAAUUUCAGGUAUCGCUUACCAGUGCUGCCGGAAUCGCGAUACUGCGGUCUAAGAAAUGGUUUAUUUCUAACAAUCCGGAGUUGGAUCUCCAAGGACUCACGCUGACGUUUGAUCUGGAAACCCAUGCUGAGUAUCAUGAUAAACACGUCUUUAAGUCCUUGCGCUGUUCAGGCCCUGUGUACGGACGCACAACGGCGGGAAGGAUUCUCAAUAUAGGUCAUGUGGAUUACAGGGCUGGAUCAUCUUUCUCUAAUCCUGUCAUUGACUACUUGAACCGCCACGGCACGACCAUUGAUCAACCUGUCAUUUUCGAGAAGCCUAUCAUCUUGGGUAACGGGGAAAUUCGGUUCAAGUUACCCCCAUCCAAUGAGGAGUAUGCCAGGGUCUCUGGUGACUUCAACCCGAUCCAUGUGUCCACGACAUUUGCUGAAUACGCCAAUUUACCUGGGACCAUAACACAUGGCAUGCACAUGAGUGCUAGGGUUCGCAAUAUACUAGAAACGCUCACGGCCGCUGGAUCUCCCAAACGAGUCAGAACCUACAAGUGCUCAUUUGUGGGAAUGGUGCUGCCUGAUGAUAACGUUGAAGUCGUAUACCAGCAUGUCGGCAUGAUUCGCGGUCGAAUGCUGAUACGAGCUGAAGCAAGUCGUGUAGGAACGUCAGAGAGGCUAAUUAUCGCUGAAGCUGAAGUUGAACAGCCCAAUACGUCAUUCCUUUUUACUGGCCAGGGUAGUCAAGAGAAAGGAAUGGGUAUGGACUUGUAUACAAGCAGCCCAGCAGCACGUCGAGUUUGGGAUCGCGCGGAUAAGCAUUUUUUCGACAAUUUUGGCUUUCGUAUUACGGAUAUAGUACGCGAUGACCCAAAAGAGCUUACAAUCCAUUUUGGAGGGGUGAGAGGGAGAGCGAUUCGUGAUAAUUAUAUAGCGCUCGAGUGUGAGAUGAUUCAUCCGGACGGGCGUGUGACGUCGGAAAAAAUGUUCAAGGAUAUCAACGCGGCGUCCAGGUCUUAUACUUUUCGAUCAGCUCUUGGUCUACUAUCCUCGACCCAAUUCACGCAGCCAGCACUGACGCUCAUGGAAAAAGCAAUCAUUGACGACAUGAAAGAGAAAGGGUUGGUCGCUGAUAACUGCAGUUUCGCCGGCCACUCAUUGGGAGAGUAUUCCGCACUCGCUGCAAUUGCUGAAAUCAUGCCAGUCGAAAGUCUAAUCUCAGUUGUUUUUCACCGUGGUCUUACCAUGCAGAUGGCGGUAGAGCGAGACGCGUUGGGCCGGUCAAACUUCUCAAUGUGCGCUGUAGAUCCGAGUCGAUUGUCGAAGACUUUCGAUGAGGAGCGACUGGGAUAUUUAGUUUCACUCAUUUCGAGCGAGACAGGAUGGCUGCUUGAAAUCGUGAACUAUAAUGUUUCAAAUUCACAAUACGUAUGUGCUGGUGAUCUCCGUGCUCUGGACUGUCUGUCAGAAGUAAUAGGAGUCUUUAAGGCGCAAGAUGAAGCUUUCCAGGAUAUACUCUCAGGAAGAUCACCUCUUGAUGAAAUUCGAGCUUGCAUGUUGAGAACUAUUCGAAAGUGCGCGAAUGAAGUGAAAGGUAAACCACAGCCAAUUUUGCUUCAGCGAGGGGUGGCUACUGUCCCUCUUCGAGGAAUUGAUGUGCCCUUUCAUUCGUCCUUUCUGGCACCUGGAAUCUCUACAUUCCGCGAUUGUCUGCAUCGCCACAUCGACAAGUACAGCCUGGACAUUGACAGGCUGGUAGGAAAAUACAUACCUAACCUGACUGCUAUCCCUUUCGAGGUCAGUGAAGAGUAUUUCCAUGAGGUCUACCGCCGCACCAAAUCCCCGGUCAUAGGAAACAUCCUCGCUAAGGUAAGUGUCUAUCCAUUCACUUUCAACGAUCGAGUAUUAACCAUGUGGAAACUGCAGUGGAAUGACUAUGCCAAUAUGGAUGUUGUACAUUGA